AUGCCACCCAAAAGGAAAACAACAACAAAUUUACAAUCACCGAAUAAGAAGAUAAAAACUGAAAAUGAUUUAAAGGAUUUCUUUACUUCAUCAAUCAAUUUAUUAUUAAAUUUAACUGAUCAAGGUGAACUGGUUGCAUCAGCUUUUAUUAAAUUACCACUGAAGAAAUUGUAUCCUGAUUAUUAUGAUAUUAUUAAACAACCUAUUUCAUUAAAUGAAAUACAAAAGAAAAUAAGAACUGAAAAAAAUUACGAUUUAUCUGAUUUUAUUUCUGAUUUUGAAUUAUUAUUAAAAAACGCUGCUACUUAUAAUGAUGAAGAUUCUUGGAUUGUUGCAAAUGCACGGCAACUAGUUGAUUUUGUUAAAGAUCAAGUUAAAGAAUAUGAAACUAUACAACCAAAAUUAAAAUUAACUGUGAAAGAACCUGAAGAAUUUACAUAUGGUAAGUUACCCGAAAUUUGUAAAAAUAUACUUGAAGAUGUUAUGAAUCAUGAAUUUGAAGAAGGUAUAUUAAGUGGUCCAUUUUUAGAAGAAGUUGAUCAAUCUAUAUAUACUGAUUAUUCAGUUUAUGUAAGUAAACCAAUGGCUUUUAAUACAAUAAUAUCAAAUUUAGAAAGAAAGAAAUUAUUUACACCCAAGGUAUCACUUUUAGAAAACUUUGAAAAAUUUCGCCAAAUCACAUUAUUGAUAUUUUCAAAUGCUAAAGCUUAUAAUAAUGAAGAUUCUCAAAUUUAUCAAGAUGCAAAUUUAUUAGAGUCUUAUUUUAAUGAAAAAUUUAAUGAAUGGAAACUGAAAAUAGAUAGACCUAAAAUAAAAUUAAAUUUAAAACCUAAAAAGGAAGUAGAGGAGGAGAAAAUUGAAAUAAAAGAAGAACCAAACGAAGUACCUAUAAUAUCGGAAAAAUCACAUCUCAAUACAAUGGGUAGGUCAUCACCUACAUUACCAAAAGAAAAUCUGAUAAUUCAAGAAAGUUCCAUAUUUUCCUCACCACAAAUUACUCAGGAAAUUUCAAAAUAUGUUCAACAAAAGGCAUCAAAUUUUACUCUUAUGUCAAGAGAUCAAGAAAUAAGAUCAAAUUUAUUUCCAACUCAUAAACAACGUGCCAUUGCAACUUUAUUUUCAUAUAAAAUUCCUGCAAAUGGUUUCACAUCUCAAUCAUACACAAUUGCAUUACCAUCUGAAUCAUCACCAUUCAUUUCAUUUAAAGUAUCACUUCAUAAUUUAUUAUAUCAAGCUAAAAAACGAGAUUUAGUAGAUGGUCAUGGUAAUCUUAAUCUGACUUCAGAUGAUGAUUUUCAAUGUAAAUUAUAUGUAAAUGAUGAAGAAGUAAGUUAUGGACCUGAAAUAUUUGAAGAAGGUAAAGUUUUAGGUGUUCAAUAUGACGUAAAAUUAAGCUAUGGUUUAAAUGUAUUAAAUUUUGAAUGUAAAGUUGCACCAAAUUUAAGUAAAAAAAUUAAACAUACAAUAUUGGAAGAAAAUGAAGAAAUGUCAGGCAGUAGACAUACAAGACAUCAACUACAACAAAUGAAAAUGACAUGGGAUGUAGAGAAUAUUACAUUUUAUGUGGUUUGUAAUAAUAAUUAA